AUGCCUAUCCCUGUAACAAGUCCCGCCUCGAAAGCAACCGGAAUUAAGAAAGUGUCUAAUACCUUAAGCUUGAAAAAACCCAAUACUUCCGACCAGACUUCGAAAGUAUCUCCAUCAAAUACUUCGACACCGAGAAGUCCUAAACGUACUCGGAAUUCAAACUCAACCAAUCCGCCUGGGAAAAGGCCCCAUGGAUCAAUGUCUCAAUCAAAUAUGCUGCAACAAAAGGCAAAUCCAACGAAACCACCUGCAGCCGGAAAUAAUCGAGCAGCGAGUGUGAAUCCAGCGAAUGCCAAUUAUCGAAUGGCCACCACUACUAUUCGCCCGAGUGUUACUGCAGCCAACAAAAUCCCAGCAAUCAAAACAAAUUUGAAAAAAAUGGUAUCCACAGCAGGUGACAAAAUUACCUUAGAGUCCUUGGAAGAACAAUUAAAGGAUCAACAAAACGAGUUUCUUAAAAAAAUAGAAGCCCUGAAACACUCUUCCCAUGCCGCUCAACUGGAAGGUAAAGAAUAUCAACUCAUGGGCUUGGUAUUCAAUAAUGAAUGCGAGCCUAUGCUAAAAGAUAUGAAAAUAGGAAAAUUAACUGAAAAACUUGAUGAAAAUUCUGCUAAUGCCUUGAAGGAGAAGUUAAUUAAAAAUAUGAAUGAAGGCUUUGCCAAACUCAAAGACAAACUAAAUCGAGAAGGAGACUCGGGAGAUGAUUUGAAAUUAAAGGAGAUACAGGACUCAAAUGUAAAGGCAAUAUUGGAUCUAGUCGAUGCUAUUAGCAAUUCUUACAAGGAUGAAACAAUGCAGGAGGUGACAAAUAUGGAGAAACUUAAGAAGGAAUUAGAGGAUUAUAAAAAUUCUCUUAAAAUUAUGCAAGAAAAUUAUUCAGAGCUUUGUGGAAAGCAUGCAAUUGAGUUACUGGCGCUAGAAAAGGAUAUACAAUCGAAAUGCCUUGCAACGUUUGAACAAAAGGAGCAAUUAAUAAAUGAGCUUCAAAAGAAACUUGAAAAAAGCGAAAAGCAAAUCGUUGAUCUACAAUCUCAUUGGGAGUACCAGAAAAACGAAGAUUUCUGUCAAAAGAAGAAUUUGGAAGAAGAACUACAAAAUGCACAGGAAAGAUUUAAAGAAUUUCAACUAAAAUUUAAAGCCAUCGAAAACGAUCUAAGCCUUCAACACAAGCAAGUGGAGCAGAAGAAUAAUAUAAUUGAGAAACUGCAGACAGAGUUAAAGGACUUACAGGCCAUCAUACAUGAACAAACUUUGAAACCGGAGAAUGAUAUUGAAAUCUCACAGUUGAAGCAAACAAUUGAAACCCUACAAGAGGAGAAGUCUUCUUUGGAAGAACAAAAUAAACAUUUGAUUGAGGAUUACAAUAACUCCCUCACUGAGGCAAAAGAAUAUUGCAGAGAGUUAUGCAGUAAGCAUAAAGACGAGUUACUAGCAGUUAAUGAAGUCAUCAAAUCAGAAUCUCUUGCGGUUCUUGAACAAAAAGAGGAAGAAAUCAAAGAACUACAAAAGUUACUUAAAAUCAAUGAAGGAAAAAUUGCAGAACUCCAAUCAACUUUGGCUGAAAACGAGAAUAUAACCAACGAGCUUAAAAACAACAAUGAAAAAUUUCAGAAACUUGAAGACAAUUUUAAAGCCCUGGAGAAAGACCUAAGUCUUCGAUCUCAAGAGGUCAACCAGAAGAAUGGCAUGAUUCAAAAGUUGCAGAAGGAAUUGAAGGUCUUACAAAGCAGCAUGGAACAACAAACUUUGAAAUAUGAAAACGAUAAAGAAACUCCCAAAUUUUUAAAGAAAAUCACCACAAUGAAUCAACAAAUUCAAAAGUUAAUGGAGGAAAAUUCUGUGUUGGAGAAGAAGAAUCAGGAAUUGGUUGAGGAUAUAUCUAAAAACAAGGAUUUAACACUCAAACUGGAAACUGCACAAAAUCGCCUUAAGGGCUUGCAGCAGGAGUUAAAUGACAUCAAAAAAUUAAAUGAAUCCAAAGAUAAUAAAAUUGAGCUAACAAAACUACGCCAAUCAGAGAAUGAAAAGGAUCGCCAUAUAGCAAAACUCAAUGCUCAGCUAUCCAAAUCCCUUGCCAAAAUAUAUGAAUUGGAGAUGCAAUUGCAGCGCAAUCAACAGCUGCUGGAAGUUCGCAGCCAAUUAAUUGACUCGCUGCAAGAAAACGAGGCCAAUCAUCGCUUGCACAUGGGCGAAAAGAUAGUGGAAAUGGGUGAGAAGAAUAACACCAUUGCCGAGGAGGUACAUACUCUCAAUGAGAAAAUCUAUGCCAAACAAUUGGAGUUCACCGAGCAACAGCAUAUCAUCAAAUUGUUAGAGGAGAACAACAAACGUAGCCAAAUCAUGCGCAUUAAGCAAGAGGAGAAAAUGUCACGCAUGACAGAGGAUAUUGCCCAUUUGCAGAAGAUCAUUGAAAUUUAUCAAGCCAACCUUUUGAAUGCCAAUACCAAUUUAAUUUUGAAACAACAGGCCCUUAUGCCCCCUAACAAUCGGAUGGAGAUGGAAACCUAUGACAUUAAUGAGAACUUUUACCAUUACACGGACCAACGUAAACGCAAACGUCAAAUCGCUAUAAAUGUCAAAACAUAUGAAGCUUAAAACGCUGUCAAAUUCUACAAUUCUCCAGUCAAGUGUCAUGAUGUCAGCAUAUGAGCCUUCAAAAUUGACAAUGUUUGAAUGUGUGUCAGUUUUCUUUGUAAAAUAAAACUAUUUGCAUGUUGCCUUCAUAAAUUGUCUACAGAAAAAAGCGCUGAUAUGUGUA